GAGGAGGAAGAAGAAGAGGAGGAGGAGGAGGAGGCGGCGGCGGCGGGAGGAAGACCAGCCAGGCAGCAGUGUGCCUGCAGACGUCGAGAGAAGGAGCGGAAGAAGUUAAGUGUGACCAAACCUGGUAGGUUUACUCCUCCUCCUCACCUGGAGGAUCCAUGAAAGAAGCCAUGCCGGUGCUCACAGCAGGAGCAGGUGAGAUGAGACCCUUGAUGUUAUCUUGGCCGCCUCGAUCAUAUUCCUUAAUCCUCUUCCUCGUCGCCGUCUUUUUAGGGCUCCACGAGACGUUGGCCCUGCUCACCUCACAGCUGAGGCCCGAUGCCAACCACAAGGAGGACAUGGUCUUCCUCAAGGAUGUUUUCAGCGAGAGAAGCUUGGCGUACCUGAUGAAGAUCCAUGAGAGGUUGAGACAGUAUGAGAGACAAAGUCCAACCCCUGUCCUGCAUAGCGUCUCCUCUCUAGCCGAAGACGUGACAGACGAAUUGCAGAGUCGCCCAAUGAACACGGAGGAGAGGGAGCUGCUGCAAUUGCUGACAUCACCGCAUCUCAAAGCCCUUCUGUCUGUACACGACACGGUAGCUCAGAAGAGUUUCGAUCCCGUCCUGCCGCCCCUGCCAGACGACUACGAUGAUGACCUGGAGGAGGAGUCGGUGAAGAUUGUGCGUCUCGUAAAGAACAAAGAACCUUUGGGCGCCACCAUCAGGAGGGACGAGGCCACUGGGGCGGUAAUUGUGGCUCGUAUCAUGAGAGGGGGCGCAGCGGACAGAAGUGGUUUGGUCCAUGUAGGAGACGAACUCAGGGAAGUCAACGGCGUCUCGGUGGUCCACAAGAGGCCCGAUGAGAUCAGUCAGUUGCUGUCACAGUCGCAGGGCUCCAUUACUCUGAAGAUCAUCCCCGCGAUUAAAGAGGAAGACCGACUGAGGGAGAGCAAGGUGUACUUGAGAGCCUUGUUUGACUACAUCCCCUUGGAGGACAAAGCUACGCCAUGCCAGGAGGCCGGUCUUCCCUUCAAACGUGGCGACAUCCUGCAGGUGGUGACCCAGGAUGACCCUACGUGGUGGCAGGCCAAGCGAGUGGGUGAUAGCAACCUCCGUGCUGGACUUGUCCCAUCCAAACACUUCCAAGAGAGGCGGUUGGCAUACAGGAUGAAAGUGGGCACACUCCCCAAUCCCAAGUCCCCCAAAACGCCUUCCUACGAUCAAGCGUGCGAUAAAGACGACUGUGACUGUGAGGGCUAUUUCAAUGGACAGUACAUAGUCUCUCCUAAGCGUAACGCAGUGAUGCCCUCCUGUGGUCAGGUGUUUUCCUGGGAAUUUUAUUCAGCCGGCCUGCGCAGGAGCUUCCGCCUGAGUCGGAAAGACCGACAAGGCUCCUCAAGUGACGGCUCUGACCCGGGAGACUCUGAGUUCCUGACGUACGAGGAGGUGACCCGCUACCAGCAGCGGCCCAACGAGAGGCCUCGACUGGUGGUUCUGAUCGGUUCUCUUGGAGCGCGAAUCAAUGAACUCAAGCAGCGGGUGAUUGCUGAGAACCCGCAUCGCUAUGCGGUGGCCGUACCACAUACCACCAGGCCCAAGAAACCUCAUGAGAAGGAAGGUGUGGAGUAUCACUUUGUCACCAAGCAGCAGUUUGACACUGAUGUCCUCAACAACAAGUUCAUCGAGCAUGGCGAGUACAAGGAAAACCAGUACGGCACCAGUAUCGAGGCCAUCCGCUCCGUGCAGGCCAAGAACAAAAUGUGCAUCGUAGAUGUUCAGCCUGAGGCCUUGAGAAGGCUACGGACAGCGGAGUUCAAGCCUUACGUAGUUUUUGUCAAACCCCGGGCUCCCGAAAGUAGACGGCGACGCACCACAGCGACCUCGCCGGGAGGGGCAGAGCAAGGCCGCAUUACGGACGAGGAUCUCCAAGAGAUGCGCCAGUCCGCCAUCCAGAUGGAUCAGCAGUACGGACAUCUGGUUGACCGGGUCCUGAUCAAGGAGGACUCUGCCAGUGCCUGCACAGAACUGCGGAGUAUUUUGGAGAGACUGGAGCGUGAUUGUUUCUGGGUGCCUCUCAGCUGGGUUCGGUCCUAAAAAAAAAAAAAAACUUCACAAACCGCCAUCCUUCUCGGACUUGAGGGUCUGCUGCACUUGUCAUGCAGGACUUGGCGGGGAACCGAAUCAAAAUUGCAAAAAAUCUGCCACUUCCUGAACGCCACAUCUAUCAGGUUUGCUUUGAAGAACUGCUUAAUGAAUUGCUGACAGGCAUGAAGGAGCACUCAGUUUUACCACCACUCCAGUUCGAGUCGAUCAAGUAGCAUGUUUUGUAAUAAAUAAAGACAACAAACGGAAUGCUUCCCAGAGACUAAAAAAAACAACAACAACAGAA